CGGCGGCGGGGGAAGCAGCGUGAGAAGUCCGGAGGCGCGCCGAGUCCAUUGAAACGGGCCGCCAUGGCCCUCCACAGCCCGCAGAGCUUAUGCAAGCUUUGGAAACCCCGGUGGCAUAGUGGUUAAGUGCUAUGGCUGCUAACCUAAAGGUCGGCGGUUCAUAUCUGCCAGGUGCUCCCUGGAAACUCUAUGGGGCAAAUCUACUCUGUCCUCUAGAGGCGCUAUGAGCCGGAGUCAACUCAGUGGCAACAGAGCUGCUCUUAAAAUGAUGCUGACAGCUACUUCAUCCACCUUACAUAAAUUGUGCAUCAGUGUUUUUCAAGUCAACCUUAUUGAGUAUAUUUUUGGAGAUUUUAGCCCUGAUGAGUUCAAUCAAUUCUUUGUGACGCCUCGUUCUUCAGUUGAGCUUCCGCCAUAUAAUGGAACAGUUUUGUGUGGUACGCAGGCUGCAGAUGAACUACCUGAUGGACAAGAGUAUCAGAGAAUUGAGUUUGGAGUUAAUGAAAUAAUUGAACCGGAUGACACUUUGCUGAGAACCCCAAGCUACAGUAUUUCAAGCACAUUGAACCCUCAGGCACCAGAAUUUAUUCUUGGUUGUUCAGCUUCCAAAAAGACCCCCGAUGACCUAGACAAAGAAGCAAACUACAGCUCCACAGAAUGCCAGUACCCAGGCUCUCCUCUUGCUUUGGAUAGUACUUCUAACGUGGAGGCAGAAGUUUUAGAAAAUGAUCGUGUCUCAGGUGGUCUUGGACAAAGGGAACGUAAAAAGAAGAAAAAACGGCCACCUGGAUAUUACAGUUACUUGAAAGACAGCAGUGAUGGUAGUAUUUCCACAGACACCCUGGUCAACGGCCAUGCCCAUCCAGCAGCCCCGAACAGUGUAAGCACAGAGGACGUGGAAUUCAUGGGUGAUGUGCCCCCAUCAGUCACACCCAGGACUUGUAACAGCCCUGAGAACUCCCUGGACUUCGUCAGUGACUCUCUGCCUGACGGGCCUUUCCCCAGAGCACUGGACAGUCAUUCCAGGACUGCAGGGCAGCCUGAGCUGUGCCACCUGAGUGAUUUUGAACAGGCCUGCCUCCCUGCAGAGGCUGGCAGGGAUGGCCUGUUAAGGACAGCCGUGGCUCAGUCUUAUGUUGGUACUGAUACUACUGAGAACCUUGGAGUUACUAAUGGACAAAUACUUGAAUCCUCGGAUGAGGGCCCAGCUGCCAACGGGGUGGAGUUGCACAUGGUGGAAAGCACGGACUCGGAGCCUGCUCAACCCCAGAGUGCUUCACCCCCUGCUGAUCUCGUGGCCUCGGCGGCAGGCUCCGCUCCUACCAGUCAGCCUGCCAAGUCGUGGGCUAGUCUUUUCCGUGACUCCAAGCCCUCUUCUUCCUCACCCAUGGCUUAUGUGGAAACUAAGUAUUCCCCUCCUGCCACAUCCCCCCUGGUCUCUGAAAAGCAGGUUGAAGUCAAAGAAGGGCUUGUUCCAGUUUCAGAAGAUCCCGUAGCCAUAAAGAUUGCAGAGUUAUUGGAGUCUGUAACCCUAAUACAUAAACCAGUGUCAUUGCAACCCCGCGGGCUGAUCAAUAAAGGAAACUGGUGCUACAUUAAUGCUACGCUGCAGGCAUUGGUUGCUUGCCCUCCAAUGUAUCACCUGAUGAAGUUCAUUCCUGUGUAUUCCAAAGCACAACGGCCUUGCACAUCAACACCCAUGAUAGAUAGCUUUGUUCGGUUAAUGAAUGAGUUCACAAAUAUGCCAGUACCUCCAAAACCCAGGCAAGCUCUUGGGGAUAAAAUCGUGAGGGACAUUCGCCCUGGAGCUGCCUUUGAGCCCACGUAUAUUUAUAGACUCCUGACAGUGAUCAAGUCGAGCCUGUCUGAAAAGGGCCGACAGGAAGAUGCUGAGGAGUACUUGGGCUUUAUUCUCAACGGACUUCAUGAGGAAAUGCUGAGUCUGAAGAAACUUCUCUCACCAAAUAAUGAAAAACUUACUGUUUCCAAUGGACCCAAAAGCCCCUUGGUAAAUGAAGAAGAACGGGAAGAACAAGGCGAAGGAAGUGAGGACGAAUGGGAGCAAGUGGGCCCCAGAAAUAAGACUUCGGUCACUCGGCAGGCGGAUUUUGUUCAGACCCCAAUCACUGGCAUUUUUGGUGGACACAUCAGGUCUGUGGUUUACCAGCAGACUUCAAAAGAAUCUGCCACGCUGCAGCCAUUCUUCACGUUGCAGCUGGACAUCCAGUCUGACAAGAUACGCACCGUCCAGGAUGCGCUGGAGAGCUUGGUGGCGAGAGAGUCUGUCCAGGGCUACACCACAAAAACCAGACAAGAGAUCGUCACGGACGUGAAACUCUAAAGUAAUUGCUCUGAUUGCUAUUACUUAAUGGAUCUGAUAUGAAAAGGAUGACGUCUGAGUCGUUCAUGAAGUCUGCACGGUUCAGAGCGUAGGAGACUGUAGCUGAGUGGUGUUCUUUGUCAUGUUAGAAAUCGGGCCCUGUCAACUCAGGAGAGAUUGGUAAUGUUCUGCUUUCACUAUAGUUUUCAAGGAGAGUGAGAACUUGCUAGUUAUUGGCUAACCACAUGUGCCUGUUAAUGCCUGUUUUCUGCUUUACGGUUAGGAACUUCUGUUACAUAUAUGUUAGACUGUGGCAGUGAAUUCAUACAAAUGAGUUGGGGAGAUGAAUGCAGGCUAGUUAUGAGCAGUAUUUAUCAAACAGUUUAUAGUAUUCCUGUGAAGAUUUAUUUAAAUAAUAGGGCAGUUUAUGGUGGCUAGUUAUGAGCAGUAUUUAUCAAACAGUUUAUAGUAUUCCUGUGAAGAUUUAUUUAAAUAAUAGGGCAGUUUAUGGUGGCUAUGAGCCAUUAUUUUCAGAUGAAAUAAGAUGCCCCAACAUAGAAAACCUGUCACCACGUUGUACGGCCGAGGUAGACCUGUUCUUGUAUUGCGGCUUGUUCUCUAAAUACAGAAGUGCAAAAGUAGGACGUGGGGACCUUUAGUACAUCUGAAUGUCUCCUCUUUGGGUUGGUGAAUCCAGACACUCGGGGGGACUGCAGAAGUCAUGCCGCAUCUCCCACCAUAUUUUUCUACUUGCUUCUUGUGGGCAAUUUUAUUUUUAAAAAAAAAAAAGUGGUCAGAGCCAGAGACAGACACUUGGCCGUCGACUUCAGUGAAUAAGCUAAGAAGAGCCUGGCAGUGGAACUUAAUGGAAAAGAGAGAGAUAGUGGGUAUUUGUUGGUUGGUGUGGUUAGGCGUGUGUAUUUGGCUGUGGGUGACUUUGUCAACUUGGCUCACUUCUAUGGCAGCUGUGACUCUCCAGAGAUGAGAUUACUGUCCCUGGUGGCUGUGGCCACAAUUUUGCUUUCUCUCUCUUCUUUCAGCCAAACUGUGAGAGCCUUUAACCACUAGUCUUGCCGGGGAGUUUUUUAGCCUUUCCCUGGGCUACCCCGAGAAAGACCCUUUUCAUGAUGUAACUGUUAUUCUUUCUUUUGUUUCUACUGCAAUCACAUUUCACCUUUGGAUCAGAAGAAGGGGCGUGGUUGAGAUGGCCAUAGUUAUUGGCCUAACUGAUGUUAGAGAGUGGUGAGGAAAGGCUGAUUUAUUCUACAUAAAUUUGAAUUGAAUUAAAUUUGAAUUUGGUUUGAAGGACAGCUUCAAAAGAGAAGUAGUGUUUUGGUGGAGCCUUGAAGUAUGAGAAAGAAUGAUGUUACCUGUUCUGUGAUUGUGGUAGUGUGUUAUCAGAUGAGAUCGAGAGCAUUUGUAUAAAAGCAGAUGAUUGAGGAAGAAAGAUGUUGGCCAGCUUGUAGGAAAAUCUGUCAAGAGUGAAUAACACUCUUUUUUUCCCAGAGUAUUUUUCUUUUAUUGUGCUUUAAAUGAAAGUUUACAAUUUAACUCAGUUUCUCAUACAAAAUCUUACACACACGUUGUUAUGUGGCCCUAGAUGCUUUCCCUACAGUGUGACAGCACACUCCUUCUCUCUACUCUGUAUUUCCUGUAUCCAUUCAACCAGCUCCGGUACCCCUCUGCCUUCUCAUCUUGCCUCUGAACAGGAGCCGCCAACAUAGUCUCAUGUGUCUACUACAGCUAAGAAGCACACUCCUCUCCAGUAUUAUUUUCUGUCUUAUAGUCCAGUCUAAUCUUUGUCUGAAAAGUUGGCUUAUGGGAAUGGUUUUAGUUUUGGGCUAACUAAGAGUCUGGGGAUCAUGACCUUGGGGUCCCUCCAGUCUCAGUCAGACCAUUAAAUC